UGAAAGCGCUUUUCGGCUUUUCGGUUGUUGGGGUUUUUUGAUGCGCGUGUGGAGUCCAGCGGUGGGUGGUGGUGUUUUCGCCUCGCAGAGGCCGCCUUUGGCCGAGGUCUCCUGGCGGAGGUUGCGCCGCGGCCGGCCCACGGGAGCCGAGGCUUGGGUCUUGGUCAGGAGAGGAUCGAGAGUCGGACACCGGCCGGUGCGGUCUUUCUCGGCCCCGGAGCGCCCGCCGCAGAGCAGAGUGUCUGCCGCACCCCACAAGCGGCGAGAGGCCCGGGACCAGGCUUGGCCACAUCCCGGCCGGGCGGGAAGUGGCGUGUUCCCAGUCGAUGGGCACAGGUGCUUGUGCGGAUGUGUCGAGCACGCGGGAGCCUUUGGGAGUCAGACGGACAAGAUGCCACGCCUUGGGAGGCCGAUCGUGUCCCAGCGGCGCGGAGUGCCAGGGAGCAACUGCGUCCCGGGAGCCCGGACCCAGGCAGGCUUUUAGAGAGAGGCCUUCUUGAGGAAGUGACUUUCGGACUUAGACCAGUUAACGCGGAGAAAGGUUUCCCCACAGGAACAGAAUGGAAGGAGAAUCGAGCAGCCUGGAAAUUCACACUCCAGUUUUUGACAAGAAGAAGAAAAAGUACUCAGUAUAUAAGGAAGGACAACUAAGGCACGUCCAUGAAAGUGUCAGAGACUCCCCUCUGGCCAGCGAGCAGUCUCACGUAACCAAGAGUAAGAAAAAAAGAAAGGAUUGCCAGCAUCUUCUUCCUUCCCCUUUGAAAAAGUCAGAAGUGUGUGAUGAGAUGGAAAAGGCCACUUCUGUCCCCAAAAAGAAUAAAAAGAAAAGACGCAGGGCUUCGGGGGUGGAUGAGGUGUAUGUCGUGGUGGAUAAAGAAAAUAUCGAGAACACACCAAAGAAUCUUAGGAGGAAUGUCGAUGUCGUGUAUGUUGAUGUGAGCCAGGAACAGACGCCAACAAAAGAGCCUGAAACAGACGAACCACAUUCAGUUCCUAAGUCACAUAAACACAAGUCGGGAGAGCUGUGUCAUAAAGGUAGGGAGAGGAAGAGUAGAAAACAUCGGAGGAACGUGGGCUCCUGGGGCACCGAGCAAGAGAGCCCGUGUGCAAGCCUCGCCCUGCCCGAGUCGGAACCACAGGAGCAGGAAACCCAGCUUUCUCUGGGCCCCAGAGACGGAAUCACACAGCAGCCAGUAUCGGCCGAUAAAAAAAAGUCUAAGAAAAAAAAGAGAAAAGUUGCACAUGACCAGGAACUUGAGGCAUUGCCGAGGCCUGAGAGUCUCGAGAACGCAUACUCUGAAGGACGGCAAAGGGUCGGUGAGGUCAGGACCGCAGAAGGCAGUAAGGAAGCCGGCCGGGUCAAGAAGAAGUCAAAGAAAAGAAAGAGGAGGUCUUCCAUUGAAAGUCCCGUAGGGCCUGGGGGUGACUUUUCUGUGCCCGCUGCGAGCUUCGAGGACACCCGCUCUGAUUCACUGGAAGGUAGUGGUGCCCUGAUUGAAGAAAGCGCAAAACCCCGGCCACGGGAGGAGAAAAGGCAGGCCUGUUUGGAAGAGGUGCAGAGGUUCGAACCUACAGAUGAAGAGGAAAGCCGUUUGGAAUUGGCCAGAGAUCCUGAGACAAAAUAUUUAUCGGAGGACUCCAGAGAUUCGGGUGUCUCAGAUGUGGAUUUGGACUCGGCUGUGAGGCAGCUCCAGGAGUUCAUCCCGGACAUCAAGGAAAGGGCCGCCACCACAAUCAAGCGGAUGUACCGGGACGACUUGGGGCGCUUUAAGGAAUUCAAAGCGCAGGGUGUCGCUAUUAGAUUUGGCAAGUUUUCUGUAAAGGAAAACAAGCAGUUAGAGAAAAACGUGCAAGAAUUUCUGUCCCUGACAGGAAUCGAGAACGCCGACAAACUGCUGUACACGGACAGAUACCCAGAGGAGAAAUCCGCCAUCACCGACUUAAAAAGAAAAUACGCAUUUCGAUUGCACAUUGGAAAGGGCAUCGCCCGGCCCUGGAAACUCGUUUACUAUCGAGCAAAGAAGAUGUUUGAUGUCAACAAUUACAAAGGCAGGUAUAGCAAAGGAGACAUGGAGAAGUUAAAGAUAUACCAUUCCCUGCAUGGAAACGACUGGAAAAAGAUCGGCGAGAUGGUGGCUCGAAGCAGCCUCUCCGUUGCCCUGAAGUUCUCCCAGAUCAGCAGUCCAAGAAAUCAUGGUGCUUGGAGUAAGACAGAAACCCAGAAACUUAUCAAGGCCGUCGAAGAAGUGAUUCUAAAGAAAAUGUCUCCCCACGAGUUAAAAGAGGUGGAUUCUAAACUCCAAGAAAACCCUGAAGGCUGCCUGUCUAUUGUUAGGGAAAAACUCUACAAGGGCAUAUCUUGGGUAGAAGUCGAAGCCAAAGUAGAAACCAGAAAUUGGAUGCAGUGUAAAAGUAAGUGGACGGAAAUCCUAACCAAGAGGAUGACGAAUGGUCGGCAUGUGUACCGCGGAGUUAAUGCUCUGCAGGCCAAAAUCAACCUCAUCGAAAGAUUGUACGAGGUCAACGUGGAGGACACCAAUGAGAUAGACUGGGAAGACCUUGCUAGUGCCAUAGGUGAUGUUCCUCCGUCUUACGUUCAAACUAAAUUUUAUAAGCUGAAAGCCACCUGUGUUCCCUUUUGGCAGAAGAAGACUUUCCCAGAGAUUAUAGACUACCUUUACGAGACCACCCUGCCUCUGCUUAAGAAAAAGUUAGAGAAGAAGAUGGAGAAAACAGGGACCGAAAUACAGAGUCCUGCCACGCCCAGGCAGGUCUUCCUGUUCAGAGACAUCUUUUAUUAUGACGACGACAGUGAAGGAGAAGACGGGGAGGAGAAGAGUUAGAGGAUGGCGCUGUGGCUUGCCUGCCUCUCCUGGUUUGGUCGUAUUCCUGAAAGCAGGGAAGCUGCUUUCAGUCCUGAUGUGUAAUGGAGAACGGGCUGCGGCCACGGGAAGGGGGUGACUGCAAUUCUUCGCACCGUGGACCCUUCCAGAGUGAGUGCCACGUUCAGACUCCAAUGUGUCUGCGCACAAAGAAAGAGAGCAUCAGAGUGGAUUUGCUACCACUGGACCAUUGAAAAUAAGCACAACUAGCGGUUUUUAUAGGACAACAGUAUCCCAAGUCCCUCUCGUUGUGGCAGAGGGUAGAGUCACGUCCCUGAACAUUUCACUGUGUGGAUUUCACCACGCACACUCCCCUAAAAUGGGAACGCUGACAGUUUUCGUAAGACAUGCCUGUGGUUUGCUUUCUGUUUUCCCAGUUGUGAUUCUAUGUUCCCAGUGUAUGUGAGUUCUGGAUAAGCAUCAGUAAGGGGGGCGUGAUCUGCUGGUCUCGCACACUGGCUUCCAUUUGCACGUACCUGCCUCAGUGUGUGGCUCUCAUCUUCCUGAGGGAGUCAGGUGUUCGUGUGUGUUUUGCAUACAGGAUACGUUCUCAGAGCCGGUCACUGAAUUCAUCUAGUGUUCCAACUGGAAAAAAAAAUCCAAAACAGAACACCCAGCAGUCUCUUCCAGCGCUUCCAGAAAAUCUGGCUCUGUUAGCUUCAUGGAAAGAUGCCGUGUGGGUCUGAGGCACAGCUCACACCUCACGGAAUUUCAAGGAUAACUUACAUGUCGGGCUAUUCUGUCAAGUCAGGAAAGCAAAACCACUCUAGGUGUUUCAAGCAGAAGGAUUUAAUGUAGGGAUUUGGGUUACAAAAUUGUUAAACAGGGUUGAGGGCACACAUGGGAAGGCUGACUUCCCGAGCCCUGGGUCACUGAGGGGAGGGGCUUGCAGAGCCCUGUGGCCCAUGCUGAUGUGCCCACCCCCCACUGCUGCCUCCCUCCUGCCUUUCAACCUCUCCCGAGUGCCUCCCUUGGGCCGCCCCUCAGCAGAGCCCUGCCGGCGAGGGGAAUGAGCUUUCCAGGCUUCUGGCCACCCCUGAACAUGGAAGGUGUGGGUGAGCACCGUCCCAUGCAGCCAUGUCACCAUCUGUGCCAAGACGGAAUUCCACUGUCUCCUGAGUGUUUUCUCUGAUGUCUCUUAUCUCACAUCAUGAUGUGUGUGCCGUUGGUUAAUUCAUCCACAAAGCUAGAUUUUCUUCCAAAGCUGCCAUACUUGGAGAAGAACGAAUACAGAGACAAGUCUAGAAGGCUGGUCACCAGUAUAUCCCCAGCACCUGUCCCAGCGUGGCACGUGUAAGAGACACUCAGUAAAUAUUUCUUUUUAUCAGGCAUUUUAUCUUUAGUCAUCUCCUAUCUGUCAAGCAUACCUGUCCCCGGCGCUGAUGGCAAUGAAAGCUCCUUUUGGAAGACAAUCCGGUGAAAUACAUCAAAGCCUUAAGAAUGUACAUAUUUUAUGAUCCAGCAAUUUCACUUACAGAGAUAAAGCAGUUUUACUUUUCAGAAACAAAAGAAUUCAUGUAUAAGAAUGGCCCAUUUAUAACUUGAAAAACAGAUAAAAUGUAAAUGUUCCUUAAUGGAAAUCUGUUAAAUUAUGGUAUAUUCCUAGAAUGGGAUAUUAUCCAGUAAUUAAAAAUGAUUGAUAGAUUGGGUCAGCAUAAAAAGAGGUAAACAAUAUUGUCAACUAAAAUAUUGCAGAAGAGUAUAUAUUUUCAAUUUUGUAAAAGUAAGAAAAUAAAGGAAAUGGUGUAUAUGUAGAUUGAUUAAAACAUAUGGGAGAAUUUAAACCCAAAA